UUGGGUGGUCGCUCUACUUUAGUGAGCUGUUGCUAAGCAGCUAAUAAUAGUCGUGUUUGCUGAGUAAUUUUUGCCCUUCUGGAACCAAUCAGAUGCGAGAAAAUCCGUCCAUCUGACAGCCCUAAAGGCGGGAUUUCGAUUAUUUUCGCUUUUACCCCUCCUCCUCUGUUUCCAAAUGGAGAGAGGUCUUUUUUCUCCUCUGUUGAAUCUCAGAGUUCGCGGUGUUGUGCGGCCCAAGGGAAGACCACAUAGAAGACACAGAAUGCUACGACCAUCGAACGUUCCAAGCCGCCGUUUUGUAGAUGGGGAUGGCUUUUUCCACUUUGCCGUUUAAGAUAAAUACAUUUUUUGAAGAGAAACGCUGAAUGUGCAAAGCGGUGGAGACCUCUGGAUCACGAAAUGUUGGGAUGGAAGGCGCAGACUUUGACUCGCCGUCUCCAACAGCAGUAUGAAGUACUUUACGGGUGUGAGAUCACCGAGAGUGAAACUGUGUUGCCUUGGGACAUUACCACACGCUUUAGGGGAAAUAUUAUAACGUGGAAAAGCAGAACCAGCGCGAAGUCUCCGCAACAUGGCCUCGGCUGUUAAUGCCUCAUCUGAGCAGGAAAACGGGGACCCCGAUCGGCCGAGGAUAACGCGGAGGAACAGGGGGAACUAUCGCUCAACAGCGCCUGAUUUGGAGUAUUUGCAGCGGCUAAGUUACUGCGAUGCAGCUUUCGCCUUGCAGCAAAUAUCCGAGGGGAAAGCGACUGGAAGAAAAGCACCGCUGUGGCUGAGAGCGAAGUUUCAGAGACUCUUGUUUAAAUUGGGCUGUUACAUACAAAAGAACUGUGGAAAGUUUUUGGUUGUGGGCCUAUUAGUAUUCGGAGCUUUCGCUGUUGGUUUACGGGCAGCUAAUCUGGAAACCGACGUGGAGAAACUCUGGGUAGAAGUGGGCGGCAGGGUGAAUCAGGAGCUGAAAUACACACGUCUGAAGAUGGGCGAGGAGGCCAUGUUCAGUCCCCAGCUGAUGAUUCAGGCACCGCGCCAGGAGGGCGCUAACGUGCUCACUGUGGAGGCGCUGCAGCAACACCUGGACUCGGCCAUCAGGGCCAGCCAAGUGCACGUUUACCUCUUUAACAGACAAUGGAAAUUGGAACAUUUAUGCUACAAAUCAGGAGAAAUGGAUACUGAAACUCAUUUUGUGAACCAGAUUAUUGAAAAGCUCCACCCCUGUCUCAUCAUCACUCCGCUGGACUGUUUCUGGGAGGGAGCCAAGCUCCAGUCUGGAAUGGUCUACCUCCCUGGCAUAUCACACCCUCUGCAGUGGACCAACUUUGACCCCAAGGAGUUCCUGACCGAGCUUCGGGCCCUGAAGGUUCAGGUAGACAGCUGGGAGGUGAUGCUGGAGAAGGCUGACGUGGGACAUGGCUACAUGGACCGGCCCUGUCUCAACCCCCAAGACCCCGACUGUCCCCUCACUGCCCCCAACAAGAACACCACCAAGCCCUUUGACUUGGCUCGCAUCCUUACUGGCGGCUGCCAUGGCCUCUCCAGGAAGUACAUGCACUGGCAGGAAGAGCUGAUUGUAGGGGGGACUACCAAGAACGGCACUGGACCACUACUCAGUGCCCAGGCGUUACAGACCAUGUUCCAGCUGAUGACCCCUAAGCAGAUGUUUGAGCACCUGAAGGGCUAUGAGGACGUGUCCCAUAUCAACUGGAACCAAGACAAGGCCGCAGCCAUACUGGAGGCCUGGCAGAGGAAAUACUCAGAGGCAGUAAAGCAGAGUGUAGCAGCCAACUCGUCUCAGAAAGUGUUGACGUUUACCACCACCACUCUGGAAGACAUCCUCAAGUCUUUCUCUGAUGUCAGCAUCAUACGAGUGGCCAGCGGCUACCUGCUCAUGUUGGCCUAUGCGUGUCUGACCAUGCUACGCUGGGACUGUGCUAAGUCUCAGGGAGCUGUCGGACUGGCUGGUGUCCUCUUGGUGGCGCUGUCUGUGGCUGCAGGCCUGGGGCUCUGUUCUCUGCUGGGCAUAUCUUUCAACGCUGCCACCACACAGGUGCUUCCUUUCCUGGCACUAGGUGUAGGUGUGGAUGAUGUGUUUCUCCUGGCCCAUGCCUUCAGUGAGACGGGACAGAACAAGAGGAUCCCAUUUGAGGACCGUACGGGGGAGUGUUUGAAGAGGACAGGGGCUAGUGUAGCUCUCACCUCCAUCAGUAACGUCACUGCUUUCUUCAUGGCAGCUCUCAUCCCUAUACCUGCCCUACGAGCCUUCUCUCUGCAGGCUGCGGUGGUGGUCGUGUUUAACUUUGCCAUGGUGCUGCUCAUCUUCCCUGCCAUCCUCAGUAUGGACCUGUAUCGCAGAGAGGACCGGCGUUUUGACAUUUUCUGCUGCUUCUACAGCCCUUGCGCUAACAGGGUGAUCCAGAUCGAGCCCCAGGUCCACAUGGACGGAGCGGACAGCAGUCGCUACAGCCCCCCUCCCCCCUCCUACCACACCACCCCUCCCACAUACAGCAGCUCACCCCCGUCCUACAGCAGCCAUGGUUUCUCCCAGCAGACUCAGAUCACCAUGCAGUCUACUGUCCAGCUGAGGACAGAGUACGACCCCAGGACUCAGGUCUUUUACACUACGGCCGAACCCAGGUCCCAGAUCUCAGUACAACCCUUCACACCCACGCCUGUCGCCACCGGCCCCGCCAACAACCCCAACACCAGUCACGCCAGUCACGGAAACAACAGCCACCACAGCAACCAUCUCAGCCGAAGUGGGAGUAGCAGUGGUCACGUCAACCUCAACAACAACAACGGUAGCCGUGGUUCAGGCUCGGUCCCUUCUCCUCCCCAGUCGUCCUCUGGCGUCCCCACUGUCUCCCCCCAAGCGGGGGAGGGGGUGUGUGUGUCGGGGGAGAGUGCCAGCUCCACCAGGGAUCUGCUGUCCCAGUUUGGAGGGGCCUCUCUGGGGCUGCGCUGUCUGGAGCCCCAUUGCUCCCGGUGGACCUUGGCCUCCUUUGCCGAGAAGCACUACGCCCCCUUCCUACUGCAGCCCACCACCAAGGUGGUGGUCAUCCUGUUGUUCCUGGCCCUGCUGGUGGUCAGUCUGUACGGGACCACACGGGUGCGGGACGGGCUGGAGCUGACCGACAUCGUUCCCAGGGAGACCAGCGAGUACGACUUCAUCGGGGCCCAGUUCAAGUUCUUCUCUUUCUACAACAUGUACGUGGUGACCCAGCGGGCGGAGUACUCCCAGGCCCAGCCCCUGCUCUACCAGCUGCACCACAGCUUCAACACGGUCCGCUAUGUACUGAGAGAGGACGACGGACAGCUACCACGCAUGUGGCUCCACUACUUCAGGGACUGGCUGCAAGCUCUGCAGGAAGCAUUUGACCAGGACUGGAAAGCAGGUUGGAUCACACAGAGCAGCUAUAGGAACGGUUCAGACGACGGGGUCCUGGCCUACAAACUACUGGUACAGACCGGACGCAGGGAAAGGCCCAUCAGCGUUAACCAGCUGACUAGGCAGCGCUUGGUGGAUGCGGAUGGCAUCAUCAACCCAGUGGCAUUUUACAUCUACCUGACUGCGUGGGUCAGCAACGACCCGGUGGCGUACGCAGCCUCGCAGGCCAACAUACGGCCCCACCCCCCGGAGUGGCUCCACGACCGCACAGACUCCAUGCUCGAGACACGCCUCAGCAUUCCUGCUGCCGAGCCCAUCGAAUAUGCACAGUUUCCAUUCUACCUCAACGGGCUCCGCGAGACCCCCCAGUUUGUGGAGGCCAUCGAGUCGGUGCGAGCCAUCUGCAGUAACUACAGCCGCCAGGGCUUACCCAGCUACCCCAACGGCUACCCCUUCCUCUUCUGGGAGCAGUACGUAGGCCUCAGACACUGGCUGCUGCUCUCCAUCAGCGUGGUGCUAGCCUGCACCUUCCUCGUCUGUGCCCUCUUUCUGCUCAACCCCUGGACUGCCGGCAUCAUCGUCCUGGUCCUGUCUCUGAUGACCGUGGAGCUGUUUGGUAUGAUGGGGUUGAUAGGGAUCAAGCUCAGUGCUGUUCCUGUGGUCAUCCUCAUCGCCUCUGUCGGCAUAGGAGUAGAGUUCACUGUACAUGUUGCUCUAGCGUUCCUCACAGCGAUAGGGGACCGUAACAGACGGGCAGUGCUGGCGUUAGAACACAUGUUUGCUCCUGUGUUGGACGGAGCCUUCUCUACUCUACUAGGAGUCCUCAUGCUAGCAGGCUCUGAGUUUGACUUCAUCGUCAGGUAUUUCUUUGCUGUGCUGGCCAUCCUGACCAUUCUGGGGGUGCUGAAUGGUUUGGUCCUUCUCCCUGUGUUGCUAUCUUACUUUGGCCCCUAUCCAGAGGUGACCCCUGUUGAUGGGUGUAGCCAGUUACCCACCCCGUCCCCAGAGCCCCCUCCUCACGUGGUCCACUUCUCCGUCCACCCCUGCCACACCACCUCAGGGACGGGGACAGGUACAGGCUCUGAUUCGUCAGACUCUGAGUACAGCUCCAACACCACGGCAUCAGGCAUCAGCCAGGAGCUGCAGCAGUACGACCUCCCCACCACUAGAGGCAGAGCUGGGAGAGCAGAGGAGGUGCGACAAGGAGCAGUGCCAAGAAGGACAGCUAGACAAGGAAACGCCACAGCCUACUCUUUGUCUUCUUCUGUCCUGCCGGAGUCGGAUGCCCACCCCGGUUUAUCCCGUCGCUUCAGCAAGAGGGAUCUACAGUCGCUGCCCCCAGCUCGCCCGCGCAUGGACGCUUUUGAAACUGCUACUGAGGCUGGAGGCCAUUACGGCUCCGAGGGCCAUUUUGUCUCGGGAGGCCACCGAGAACAUUCUGCGGGGCACAGAACUCGUCCAUCCCACAACCCCCGGCCCAAUCACCACCAACCUCACCACUCUAACCCCGCCCCUACUUACUGCCAGCCCAUCACCACGGUAACGGCCUCUGCAUCGGUUACCAUCGCCGUCCACUCUGCCUCUCCCCCCACUCAGAGCCCUACCUCCUCUUACCCAGGACACACUGCAGCGGACAGUUACCACACAGCAAGGGGCGCAGAGCCUGAGCCUGCCUUCCAGCACCCUCAUGUGCCACUGAAGGUCCAUACGGGUUGCAGAGGAACCAAGAUGGACACCAAUGUGGAGGCCAUGGAGCUCCAGGAUGUGGAGUGUGAGGCAGCUGAGAGCGACUCUGAUAAGAGGGCAAGCUGAGGGGAGGAGAGCAGAACCACAACGGCCAAAGAUGGACUCCCUCUCUCACUCAGCGGCCCAAUGCAGCGCAGCUCAGCGACACACAUAACCCAGUGGUGGCUAGUGCCAUGGUGCUCAUUCUUACUGUAACCCCGUGGAUGUUUAUCUUAGAUAUCUCUAUCCAUCAUUAAAAUAUGUAUACUUAUGUAAAUAUGAACAAAGAAGUAGCUAUAAUGUAGGAGCUGGACAGCUCCUUUUUUUAGCAGACUGGGGACAUCAUUUUCUAUGGCGUGUGUGUGUUUUUGGUUUUACUUUCCUUGUCGGGGCCAGAAGUCAUCACAAGCACAGUAAAACAUGUACAAUUGGAGACAUUUAGCCAGUCCCCAUACGGAGAAAGGCUAUUUUAAGCUUAGGGGUUAGGGUUACGAUUAGGGUGAUGGUUAGAAUUAGGUUUAGGAGUUAGGGUUAAAUUAGGGGUUUGGGGUAAAGAUUAGAUUAAGGCUUAAGGUUAGGGGUUAGGGUUAGGGGUUAGGGAAAAUAGGACUUUGAAUGGGACCAAUUAUUUUGUCCCCACAAGGACAGUAAAACAAACGUGUGUGAGAAAUCUCUGAUUACUUUUGUUCAAUCGUCUGUGGAUCUGUGCCAUGAGGAAGCUUCAUCUAGACAAUACAGUUCAGCAUACAUUGUUGCUGCUUCAAAUAUUUUGUAAUAAUGUAUAAUAACUUGUAUAAUAAUUCUAUGCAAAUGUUUAUUUUAUGUUAGAAAGAGGUGUGUGUUUAAAUGUGAUUGUGGGUUUGUGGGUGCGUAGGUGGGUGGGUAACUCAUCAGAUACAUCUCUAAAAAGAAAUAGACUAACAAUCACGUCAAGUGAAACUACUCAAUAGCUACACAGGGCAUGUAUGUGUGUGUUUAUAUAUGUGUGUGUGCAGGUGUGUAUGUUUGUGUAUAAAGGUACUUUUUUUUAAACAAUUAAUUUGCAUAUCACAAACCUGUGGUAGUUAUGAAACAAUUACUGUUAAACUCUGACUCACGCUAUGCGUGCUAUUUAAUACGAGCCGAUAUGUAGAAGAUAUAAAAGGUGUUUGUUGUGACUUGGGUGUCCCUUGAACUCAAUUACCCAUCUCCUAUUUCCUCUGUGAUGACAUAUCUCUCAGCGGCCAUCUUAUAGUAGCAUGAGUCAUCUUAUAGUAGCAUGAGUCAUCUUAUAGUAGCAUGAGUCAUCUUAUAGUAGCAUGAGUCAUCUUAUAGUAGCAUGAGUCAUCUUAUAGUAGCAUGAGUGGGCGUAAAAGUAUCACUCCCAUAGUUAAAAUGGAACUGACAGCGUGUUAACUACUUUGCUGAUAUGAAACAAACAGACAAUCAUAAUAUCAGUAAAAAAUAUAAAAUUCCUAGUUUAUGCCACAAAACCAACAUAAGAGGUUUAAAAAUAGGUUCUAUUUGACUCAACGUUCCAUGACAUACACUAAGGAAUUGUUGGCAGAAUAGAUGGAUGCAGUUCAAUCCAUGAUUCAUAUAAUUCACCAAUACAUUUCUUGGUAGUCCAAAAAACAUUGCUAUCAGGUUGUAAAUCACAGCUGGUCUGGUAUGUUGUUUGCUGCCUCCAGGAUGCACUGUUUCAGUUUCAAUGACUCAAUAUUUUGGACAAAAAUGAACAAAUGUAACUAAGGUUGGGAAUGUCAAUACAACCGAACUAGCAACGUCAAUGAUCACAAGUCAGUCAUAAUAGGCUAGCGUAUCUAUGUAGCAACCUAAAAACAUGGAGCCUGACGUUAGCUAGCAAGCUAGCUGCUAGGAGGGUGACAUGUCAUGCCAUUGGAGGAGUGGGUGAGUGACUGACAUUUUUCCCUCAUAUACACAGCUAGAGAUGCAGGUGUCAUUUGGUUAGCUAGUGAGAACUUGAAUGACUGUUAUCCAGUUAGCAUAUCUCUUGCAUUCAUAAAUUCUCAGAUAACAUGUCAACAGCCUAACCAGCUCUGCUAGGGCGAGUAAAAUGGUCAGAGUGAGGUGUUCUCUCAUUUGUGUCUGGAAGUAGCUAACCCUAACCCUAUCUUUAGCCAGUUAGCUUGGGUGUUUGGUUGGGACAAGCAUGCAUUGGCAGGCAAGCUGAAGAAGGAUGAGUAGGCUACAAUUCCCCAUUGUUUAUCAGUGCAAUUUUGAUGGCCAACUAGCUGAAAAAGUUUGAGAAGAUUUAUCUAAUGUUCCCUCGUUAGAUUUUUAGCUUAUCUCAUUCUGGCUAACAUUAGCUGUUGAUCUUGUUGUUGUUGAUGUGCAUAACGGAAGGAGAGCCUACCUUUUCAUGGUUGUUUGAUCAAUAGGACUGUGAAGUUCCCAAAUUUAAAUAGACUCCCAUGGUAUUUACAUAUUUGCAGAAAUCCAUUCAGGUGUAUUUAGUGGCUUUUGGCAAAUGCAUUCUAAUCUAAUGUCGCGCGCUGUUGCUUCUGCCUGUAAACACACAGUCCAGUUCAAAGUGAAUGAUGACAGGCCCAUGUGGCAAAUGGCUUGUUUGUAUAAAUGCCUACUGUAGCUCUGAUAGGCUAUGGCACACAGGUCUGUGUAGACUCCGGUCUUGGACGAGACAGAAGUUUUUAUUAGGUUUAAUUUACUGCAGUGUCUAUUAAUUGUCCAAACGCACGGCCGCUUUCCCACUUUAUAUUUCUAUAGGAUUUUCACAAAUGCCUUAGUAUACGUAAUUCCCAAACAUUCUAUGAAUUUAUUCAAAUGUGCUCGCUUGUCAGAAAACGUUUAAAAACGUGUGAUAUUCUUCCUGGGGGUGUAGAUUAACAGAUUAAAAACGUGUGAUAUUCUUCCUGGGGGUGUAGAUUAACAGAUUUAAAAAUGUGUGAUAUUCUUCCUGGGGGUGUAGAUUAACAGAUUUAAAAACGUGUGAUAUUCUUCCUGGGGGUGUAGAUUAACAGAUUUAAAAACGUGUGAUAUUCUUCCUGGGGGUGUAGAUUAACAGAUUUUGAUAUGAUUUCAUGUUGCCAAAAUGCUGUCAAUUCCACUUUAAUGAAUAUUGCAAUUGGUGGACAAAAUCCAUGGUAGCUAGUCAAGGCCAUUAUGGAGGAUAUUGUUGUGAAGUUUACAUGUUUGUUUCCUUUUUUAUUCAUGAAUGCAACUUCUGUUAUUCUCACUGUAAAUAUACAUUGUUGUCCUAUCUCUAGUGAUAAGCUACAGCUACGGUAUUUCCCAACUCAACAUGGCACUUGACUGAAUUACACAUUUCAUUCACAAGAAACUCUUUCUUCCUCUUUACCCAAUAAGAUACACCGCCCAGAGAGCUGAAGGGUUUAGCACUAUCUGGUCUAACAAUGUGUGUGUGUGUGUGUGUGUGUGUGUGUGUGUGUGUGUGUGUGUGUGUGUGUGUGUGUGUGUGUGUGUGUGUGUGUGUGUGUGUGUGUGUGUGUGUGUGUGUGUGUGUGUGUGUGUGUGUGUGUGUGUGUGUGUCCGUCCUAUCUCUCUUCCCUCCUCAGAGACAGCAAAGACAACUGGCCCCAAUUUAUCCCCAGCCGUCCCCACCCACCCAACCUCACCUCGUCAAAAUCCACAACAUAACACCAUGACACUAAUUGGAAGUUCCCUCUCAACUGCUAAAUAUCGCAGGCCAAAGCCUCAAGGGUCAGGGAUCACUAAGCCCCCCCCCCCAUAAUGCCCGGUGUGUGUCGGUCAUGCCUUUCCAGACCCCCCCCCCCCACAUACACACAGUCUCCCUGUCUAACACGUGUAGCUAUGUGUGUCUUUUUACGUGUCAGCUGCUUGAGUGGAAAUCUUUCUUCUUUCUCCUGAUGUCACAUUGGCAAUAAUGGAGAAAAAUCAUGGCUGGCAACUAUUUUCUUACAUGUUGUAAUGUUUUGUUUGUGUUUGGUUUUUCUACGUUGAAUUUGCGAUAUUUAUAUUUUUGUAUUAUAAGAUGUUUUUGUUUUGUUUGGUCAUAAAUGUCAGUGGAUAACAAAUGCAGGGAUUUUUAUGUCUAUUGAAAAAUACUAUUACAGUUGUUGUUUUGACAUGAAUGGUGUUCAAUCUGUAUAAAGUGCUUACUAAUGUUAAGUAGGGAAACAAGAGUAUAUAACAUUUACACUACAAGACUCACCAUAGCUCUUAGAGGAUUUUAAAAGGGAAAAAAAUUAUCUAUGGUUUUCUACAGACUGCCAUUUGGUCUUGGUUGUCGAGGAUAUAUAUUGUUUCAGUUACAAAGAUAAAUGUAUGCCAUAUAAUUUAUUUAUAUGAAAAUGUAUUUUUGUAGUGUACAUAGUUGUUGUCAAGUUAUUUGACAGAAGUAUAUAUUUUUAAGAGUUUAUAUGUAAUAAUACCAUAACAGAGAAAAAUCCUACGGUGCACACUUUCAUUGCUAACUGGCUCUCUGACGGCAUUGACUGACUCGUCCCACUCAGUAUUAUCUAUCAUAGGGGAGGGAAAACUCAGCAAGCUGUUUCUAUUGGUUUGUGAAAGGCUAGCCAUGAAAGUAGAAAUUGUACUAGCUCUCUAAAUAUUAAUGUUGAAACACUGAUAGAAUUCUAACAAAUAAAAAAUAUUAUAACUUA